CGGCCCCGCCUUCCACCCCCACAGCCAGGAGACGACAGCGGCGACGGUGGCGCGAGACGGCGGUGGCGGCGGCGGCUACGCGGAUCCCGCGCUUUUGUUGUUGUCGUUGUCGUCUCUUGAUGUCUCCCUGUUGGAGAUAGCCGUAAAAAAACAACAACCAACCGUGAGCCGCGUCUCGCGACCCAUACCUAGAGCUGCGCGACCUCCCACCUACACCCCCUCCCGUUCCACACAAGCACAACGUUGAAGCGGCCAGGGCGACAUUCGGCGUGCAAUAGUGGCGCACGAUAAUAAAUAAUUAACACGCAACUUGAAUCGCUGGAAGAAGAAGAAGAAAAAAACAUCAACAUCGGCGCAAAAAUGUCACCGCGUUUACUUCAGCUUUUGUGAUCAAUCGGCGUAACAACAAAAAAAGGGCAGUGUACCCACCCCUCUGCUGGGAUCUCGUGUCGUGUAGGAAGUGUCAUUUAUUUUUUUUGUUAUAUUUUAACAUCGUGAAAAAAAUAUAUAUACACAUAAGUCCUCGACGCGAAUGGCGUACGUGCUGGUGGCCGACGCGGGGCCGCUUGCCUCGCCGCUGCUGCGGGCGUGCGCGCAGGGCGACGCGGCGGCCGCUCGCCGUAUGCUCGAGAGCGGCUCGGACCCGUGCGCCCCCGACGCCCGGGGCCGCACGCCGCUGCACCUGGCGGCGGCCCGGGGCCACCUGCCCGUGUGCCGCCUUCUGCUGCGGCACGGGGUCGACCUGGCGGCCACCGACGCGCAGGGCAACACGGCGCUGCACCUGUGCGGACACGCGGACACCGUUCGCUUCCUCGUGGCCAGCGGGCUCAGGCCAGACCUCGGCAACCACCAGGGUGCCACCCCACUGGUCCUGGCUCGGAGACGUGGAGUGUGCAAAGAGGUGCUCCGUCUCUUGGAGUCUCUGGAGGAGCAAGAGGGGAAGGGGCUAGCUGCUGGAACGCCACCCACCAUGGGGAGCAUGGGAGCCAUUUCACUCGCCGAGAACGAAGGGGUAAUGGAGAGCCUGCUGAACCCAGGUGUUCUGCGCGAGGAAGGAGUGCUGUCCAGCGUGCGCUCCACCUGGCGUGAAGUCGUGGCUGACCUCGGCCUUGGCAAAGUCCUGAUGCUCAUCCUGGCCAUUGCCCUGCUAUCACUUGGCGUCGCCUACUACGUGAGCUCUGUGCUGCCGUACAACGUGGGCCACGAGAUCCUGCACUAACCAAGCUCUCUGCCAUUCUGACGUCCAAGGCUGAGAGAGCCAUUGAGGCAUUCUGCAAGGACUCAUCAAAACAAACACCCUGACGAGACAUUGUUUAAGCCAAACCUUGUUUGAAAAUGUUUUCCUUAAAUUUUGUUCAUAAAUGUACAUUGGGUUCUAAAUGGCACUGUGGUCCAAACAAUGAAAAGAAAUUGUUUAUUUUGAGAAAAAUAAAUUAAGUUAGCUCUUUGCGAGCCUUAUUCUAUAACCAUCAGAAGGCACUGAUCUAUACUAAAAUGUGGUCCAGAAUAUUAGUUACAUCUAAUGGUAUCGUGGAAGUAGUACAUGGCUUCGUGGGUUAAACCCCUGCAUGGUUAUUACUUUUCCAAGUGUCACUGUGUCCCAAAUGUAUAUUCUCAUCAAGGGAAGAACAAUAUAAACUCGCUGUGAAGUAGUAAUUUCACAGCACAGAAGUUGACGAUAUAAUGCGUUGAUAUAACACUUGUUCAAUUUCAUCAUGAGACACUUUCCAAAUGGUGAACAGAAGGUAUGAGGCUAAUGCAGCAGUGUUCUCAAACAUUUCGAAAUGCGAUAAUAUAUAAAAAUGCAGCAUUGCAAAAUUGGAGUGACAUAAUUGAUCUCAUAAAUAAAAGAAAAUUCACUGAAUACAAGGAGCCACUGCCAGGUGGAAAAAUCGCUUUGGUAAAUGUCAUAAUUUACGCAACUAUCUUCUGAACUUAUUUUUAGAAUAUGAAAUGAGGGAGGCUAUGGCCUAAACUGCCUUACACCAUAUUUUUUUUUUACAAUGCACCAUGACAAAUGUGAACAUACAUAAUUCCUGUCUCCCAGAAAGGUCGACAAGGCUACCAUGUUUUUCUUGCAGAAAACGAGAUGGCUCUAGUUUGAAAUGUUUUCAAGCCAUAAGUACUUGAAAUUUCUUUCCACUGUACAAUUUAAUCUGGCGGGCGUUGAGUUUAUCCCAAUAAAUCACUGUAAAGGUUGUCAACGUCAAGUUGAUGCCCUACGAAUAAGUAAAAAAAAAUACAAUAUGCCCUAGAAGUAAAUGACACUUGCAUUUUUUUAGUUAUUUUAUCCUCGUAAUAUGUUGGGCUGUAGCACAAUAAAAAAUGUGCUUAAAGACAUCAUGAAAGUCAACUUGUAUCAACAAGAUUGAUCAAUGGUGAGCAUUUGUAGGCGGUGGCACUGCGGCAGACUUGAGAGUGGGCAGCUUUCGUGAUCAAGCUGUCCGUCUGUUUUUAGUGUGCAAGCACUUGAUGUAAUGUCAGGAGGUAUAAUUAAACAUUCCUGGGUGAGAAAGUGUUGGGAGGAUUUGUCAAACCUAUGGCUACUGUGGAUAUCAUUUCCAAUUCCACGUGUACUGUGGAAAGUCACGUGUUGCUACUUGGUUUUUUUCUACUUUGACGUUUCCAUGAAAACUGAAAAAGAAUACAUCCAGUACCAUUUCAGGAAUGGUCACAUGGAGGCAUUGUGCCAGCUGUGUGUUCCUGUUAGUUUCUGCCAACAAUAAUGUGUUGCUAAACAGCAGAAUACAUGCCAAAAACUGAAACUGUCACUGCAGCAUGUUCUGGUGGUCAGCACUCAAACAGGGACACCAAAUCAUCGAUCAAAAUUAGGCUUGGUUACUAUCAUCGUUUCCAUCAAGGUUAUUUCAGAUUGCGCUCAUGGGAAUGGCUUGGAUCAAAUCAGAAUGCUUACUAAUGGGAUAUCUUAUGAUACUUCCUCUUGGUGACUGCUGUUUGCCAUCGAGAGACUGUUAUUUGCUUUACUGGCAGUGAACUUAAUUGCAAAUGAGAACACUGGAAAAAUCCAUUCACAUUCUUUAACCACCCCUUUACAAGUCGGAUGAUUAAAUGUUUUGUGCCAUCUGCUUGGAACUGUUAUUUUGUGAUAAAUACUAAAACGUCUCAAAGCCAGACUAAUUAGGGGAGAGCAUUUUUCUGGUGAGGUCGGGAUGUCUAUUAUAAUGCCAAUAAUUAUAUAUUUUGCAAUUUAACUACAUUUAAAUUUUCAUUGAACCAUAAUUAACACCUAAUACAUUAAUGAACACUGAACAACUAUUAAAAAUAUCAAAUAUUUGCGGUUUUAUGAGAAUUUCGAAAUCACUUAUGUACAGUUUAAAUCCAGUACACCAUCACCAUGAAACACAGGUGGAAAGGAUGAGGUCAACUGGGGUGUGGGAAGGACUGAAGAGACUUUCUGAUGGACCGGUUUUACCACGUGACCUAGUGAUGACAUUGUGCUCUGAAUUUUUUUACAUUUUCUAAAAUAAAUGUUUAGUUAGUUAAACUUCUAUUUUUUAGGAAUUUUUAAUCUUUAAUUAAUGUAUAAGAAUAAUGUCCAACAAAGAGGGUAUAAAAUCGUCACUGGAUGACAAUGUGGUAGGCUGAUGCAUUGAUUGCAGAAUGCAGUAUCCUACCACGUGCACCCCAAUUUGCACACAAAUAAUGUUCCAGUUGGAGAUUUUUGUUUGUUUAAUUCGAAUAUUUUAUUUAUUUUCAAGUAGCAAUUUCGCUCGUGCUAAAUUCUGGCUGACUCAAACUGGCUUUGGGAGGUUUUGCUGUAAAUAUCACUGAUGACAUGACGGAUAAUGUUGCAAACAUUAGGUCGACAGUUACUAAACAAAGUAGUUUUUCUGCCUUAUUGAUUUGUGCCAGUAUUUUUUAAGAAGAAUAUCUUAUACUUUUAUGCAAUUCUGGGUGAUUAAUUUACCUGCUGGUUCUUGCAUCACUAAAUUGACAACACAUUAUUUGAAAUACAGUAAUAUAUUUAUCGUCUUAAUCAAUAAGUUAACUGAAGUUAGAUUUGCUAUGUUUUAGCUAUUAUUUACUUGUUCUUGAGCAACGUUUGUUUUUAUUCACUGGAUAUUCAUUUGAAAUCUAUAUUUAUAAAUAUUUUUUGUUGGCAAAAUUUUUUUCUAAAAAUAUUCACAUGAAAAUAAAUAAGAAUUAAAUCUUAGCUUGGUAGUUUGUGCAUCAAUGUGCACAACUUUUAUUGCUUUUUAGUCUACUACUGUCAACUUAAAUAUUUAGUUUUGCACAUUUAAACUGGUACUGUAGCCACACUGUAUUAUGUUGCAUAUCUUAAAUGCAUUAGCAGGGCUUGUAAAAUAUUGGUUUUCCCCCAAAUAAUUCGUCUUUGUUAAUGAAUUAAUGUGUAUAGGCGCGGAUUGUUAUUAUUCAUGUUCGCUAGUCCAUUUGUUUUUUUUUACAUAUUUAAUGUCCACACAUAUAUUUUUUUGCUGCAGAUGCUUCUGUAUUUUGCUCAUUCCCUACACAGCCAUUGGCGACCUAAGUGGUUCAUUGUAAUUAUUUUCGUGGGUUUAUCAAGCACACGUGGGGGAAUGGCUUCAGUUGAUGAAAUUAUAAAAUAAAAGAUUGCACAACAGCCCAUUUUGUGCAACACAUUUUGGGAGGGUGUAAAGGACCAAAAGGACCGUUUAAUAUUUGCUCGUGAAAAUGAUCAUGGAUGCCCCCGAAAGCACCACCAUCGUCAUAAUACAUGCACCUUGGGAAACAUUUGUAUUCCACCUCCUUGGGUUCCAAAACAAAAA